AUGACACUUGAAGGGUGUAGGAAAGUAUGCUCAAGGAACUGCUCUUGCACAGCUUAUUCAAGUCUAGACAUAAGCAAUGGAGACAAAGGUUGCUUGUUUUGGUUUGGGGAGUUGAUUGAUAUCAGAAAUCUGUUUGGAAGGGGCCAAGACAUUUAUAUCAGGAUGGAUUCUUCAGAGCUAGUGGCUGAUAAAAAGCAUUGGUUUGUAGUAUCUGAGGCAGGUUUGAAUAGAAAGAAGGCACAGAUACUCACGGGGGUGCUGGAAGAGGGACAGGAAAUUGCCUUAAAGAGGCUCUCAAGGACUUCCAUGCAAGGACUUGAUGAAUUCAAGAACGAAAUUAUCUAUAUUUCCAAGCUUCAGCAUCGAAAUUUUGUGAGGCUUAUGGGUUGUUGCAUACAAGGGGAAGAAAAGAUGUUGAUCAAUGAAUACAUGCCUAACAAAAGCCUGAAUUCGGGCUAUAUGUGCCUAGAAUAUGUAAUAGAUGGGAUUUUCUCGGUAAAAUCAGAUGUGUUUAGCUUUGGCGUCUUGGUGUUAGAGAUUGUGAGUUGCAAGCGAAAUAGAGGAUUUGUCCAUCAAGAUGACAACCUUAACCUUCUUGGUUAUGUAAACACUGCAUGGAAGCUUUACAAAGAUGAUAGGUCCAUGGAACUAAUUGAUGAGUAG